UUCCGCUUCCGGGUGAGGCGGCCGUCAUGUCGGCGCUGGCGGCCAACCCCAACAACCCUGUGGUGUUCUUCGAUGUCACCAUCGGCGGGCAGGAGGUCGGCCGCAUGAAGAUCGAGCUGUUUGCUGAUGUCGUGCCCAAAACCGCGGAGAACUUCAGGCAGUUUUGUACCGGUGAAUUCAGGAAAGACGGUGUCCCCAUAGGUUAUAAAGGAAGCACUUUCCACAGGGUAAUAAAGGAUUUCAUGAUCCAAGGAGGUGACUUUGUAAACGGUGAUGGCACUGGAGUAGCCAGUAUAUAUAGGGGGCCUUUUGCAGAUGAAAACUUCAAGCUGAAACACUCUGCUCCUGGCCUGCUUUCUAUGGCAAACAGUGGCCCAAGCACUAACGGGUGUCAGUUUUUCAUCACGUGCUCCAAGUGUGACUGGUUGGAUGGAAAACACGUUGUGUUCGGUAAAAUCGUUGAUGGGCUGUUGGUAAUGAGAAAAAUUGAAAAUGUGCCCACAGGACCGAAUAACAAACCCAAGCUGCCAGUUGUGAUCUCUCAGUGCGGGGAGAUGUAAAGCAGUGGAGUAGGAACGGGUGCUCCCUUGUGGGUGGAUUGGCCUUUGCCAGCUCCAUGCAGCUCCAGCUCCAGCCAGUUCCCCUGCUGCUCCAGUCCUCCUCACAGACUCCUGAAAUCAUGAAAUAAUUGGCAUAUAUCAUUUUUUUUUAAGUAUGUUGAAAUGUAAAUAAAGGAUUUUGUUAAAUA